AUGGAUUCACAUAAGAUUACCCCACCACCUCAUAGUAUCACCCCACCACCAGAAUCACCAUUAUCAUCAUUCUACUACCAAUACAACAGAAGCUCAAGUCCUUCGGGUUCAGUUUCAAGUAUUACCUCUUCAAGUUAUCAAUCAACAAGCAUAUCACCACCUUUCCAACAUGUCAACCCUCACCCACUACUGCAUAUGCCAGUCUCUGGACUUGGGUUCCAUAUGUAUCCCCAUGCAACCAACAAUAACAACACGUUGCUUUAUCAACAUCAUAAUAACAUUACUCCAACUUCAUCAAUUUCUUCUUCUCCCAAAGUUUUUUCUAGCACAGACUUGUUAUUAGAUCAUAUAUCUCCGUGUACUUCUGCCGAUUCAACGUUUAUUAAACAAGAACCAUCAACUUCGAAAAUAUCCAAAAGUGCCUCCAGCAAGAAAAAACCAAGUCAAAAAUCAAAAACUCCAAGAUCUAGAUUUGGUUGUGAAGAAUGUAAAUCCAAAAGAAUUAAAUGUGAUGAAAUAAAACCCCAUUGUUCUAGAUGUAUCUCCAAAGGUCUUACAUGUCGUUAUAAAAUCAUCUUACAAUUUAGAGAAGAUUUAGAAUUAAGAGGUAAAAAAUUUGGUAGAGAAGGUGUUUGGUCAAAAAAUAAAAAACAAGAUUCUGGUAGUGGUGCUAAAACAACUCAAUUAGUUAAAAGAUCACAAGAAUCAUACUAUGCUACCAUUCGUAACUUACAAAAAUUACAAUUUAUAAACACCGGUUAUAGUGAUAUUAAUCGAGUGUUUAUGCCUCCCAUGAAUAUUACCCCUAUGAUUGUACCUUCUUUACAAUCAUCAAUUAUUCCACCUGAUAUUACCCGGUCAUUGAAAGAUCCAAAUUCUUUGAAUUUCGCUUUGAAUUAUUAUAUUGAAUUCAUUUCACCAAUUUUAAACCCAGUUGGUGAUCAAUCUAUUUAUUACAAUCAAUUAAGUGACGAUAACUCUCGAUCUAUUGUGGUGGAAAAAGGGUUAGACUUAUCGGCAUUAGUGAAGUAUUCUCAAAAUAAUACUUCAUUAUUUUAUCUCAUUCUUUCAUUAGGUUCAAUAUAUUUAUCGAAACUUAACGGAAUUGCUCAAAAAGCUGGUUGGUUAAGUAAAGCUAAAUAUUUCCAAGAUUUAGGUCUUGCCAAAAUCCAACCUGAAAUUGAUAGAUUGGUGAGCGAUACUGAUAUAAAUAAUUCUAGUCAUACAUAUACUACUGAUUUAUUGGUUGCAUUGGUGUUAUUGAUCUUAUAUGAAUUUGCUAAUGAUUGUGACAGACAAUGGACUAUUUAUUUGAAAUUAUGUAAGAAAUUGAUCAAUUCAGAAAAAUUCGUAUUACCUUACAAUAGUUUAGAAUAUUCGUUAUUGAAAUUCUGUCUUGAAUUUUUAAAUUAUCAAGAAAGUAUUGGUAGAACUGCUUGUAAGGAUGUUAAUUCAUUCUUUUUACAAUUGGAAGAAGAAGAGGAAGAAAAAACCGGAGUUGUUAAAGCACCUAAUCAAAUCACGCUUGUUAGUUGGAUGGGAUGUGAUCGUCGUUUAUUAAAUAUCAUUUCUGAUAUUACUGAUUUAUCAUUCGAAAGAUUUAGAAAUUCCAUUAGUGAAACUAAUUAUGCUAUCUUAUGUAAUGAUAUGAAGAAGAAAUUGGAUGAAAUGAAUAUUAAUGUAAUGGAAGCGGCUUUGGCAAGUACCAAUCAUAAUGAAACAACAUUAAUGGUACAAGAAUUUGGAAUGGAAAUCGAAGAAUUCUGUUUCUUGUUAUCCUGUGAGAUUAAGCGUUUAGCUACAAUUUUAUAUCUUGAAUCUUGUUUAUUAAAUAAGACUCCAGAAGAUGAAUCUAUUACUCGCUUGGUUAGACAAAUUUUCAAAUUAUUGGAAUUUAUUGUUAUCAAGAACGAUUAUAAAUGGUAUUCAACGUUGAUUUGGUCAGUAUUUAUGGCAUCUUCUGAAAUUUCAAGUGUUGCCGCUGAUUGUGAAGAUUUACGUUAUUUGACAUUACAAAUUAUGGAUAAAUUAGAAGAUAAUACUUUGGGUAAUGUUGGUAAGACAAGACAAAUUAUUUUAAGUAUUUGGAAGAGAAGAGAUUUAGAUAAUUGUGAUGAGAAUAGUUUUGGUGUUAUAAAUGAUACUACCAAGAAGAACAAGAAGAGAGGCUUAAUGGGAUGGACUAAUGAUUGGGAGAAGUACGUCGUUGAUGAAGAUUAUGCUAUUGCAUUGGCAUAG